UUCGGUUCCGGUGGCGCCGGCGCGGCGGGGACGGGAGGCAGCGACCGGCCUGAGGCUGGGCCGGGCCCGGGCGGCGCUGGGUGCGCGGACGCCAUCCGUGCGGGGGCCUUGCGGUGCCCGCAAGCGCCAUGUCGAUGUCGCACUUGUACGGUACGGACGGGGAAGAUGGGGUGGAGAUGGAGAACUUCGAGGUGUCGGACUGGGACCUGCAGAACGAGUUCAACCCGCACCGGCAGCGGCACCGGCAGACCAAGGAGGAGGCCACGUACGGCGUGUGGGCCGAGCGCGACUCGGAUGAGGAGCGGCCCAGCUUCGGCGGCAAGCGCUCCAGAGAUUACUCUGCCCCUGUGAACUUCAUCAGUGCUGGGCUGAAGAAGUCAGCAGCUGAGGACUUGUCAGAAGAAGACUCUGAUGAAGAUGAGAAGCCUGUUAAGCAGGAGGAAGUCCCUAAAGAGUUUGUACCAAAGAAGCUGAAAACAGGUGGAAAUUUCAAGCCCAGUCAGAAAGGCUUUGUAGGGGGAACCAAAUCUUUCGUGGAUUUUGGCAGCUGGGAGAGACACACAAAAGGAAUUGGGCAGAAGCUUCUGCAGAAGAUGGGUUAUGUCCCAGGAAGAGGUCUUGGGAAGAAUGCUCAAGGCAUCAUCAACCCCAUUGAGGCCAAGCAGAGGAAAGGCAAAGGAGCUGUGGGGGCCUAUGGAUCAGAGAGAACCAGCCAGUCCCUGCAGGAUUUCCCUGUAGUGGACUCAGAAGAAGAAGCUGAGGAGGAAUUUCAGAAAGAGCUCAGUCAGUGGAGGAAAGAUCCGAAUGGAGGCAAGAAAAAGCCCAAAUACAGCUAUAAAACAGUAGAAGAACUGAAAGCCAAGGGGAGGAUCAAUAAGAAACUUUCAGCCCCGCAGAAGGAACUGUCUCAGGUCAAGGUCAUAGACAUGACGGGCCGUGAGCAGAAGGUUUAUUACAGCUACAGCCAGAUCAGCCAUAAGCACAACAUCCCUGAUGACAGCCCACAGCAGCCACUGGGCAAGGACUCCAAGCCCCAAGGCUUUGCCCUGCCAGAGCUGGAGCACAACCUGCAGCUCCUCAUUGACAUCACUGAGCAGGAGAUCAUCCAGAAUGACCGGCAGCUGCAGUACGAGAGGGACAUGGUGAUUAACCUCAGCCACGAGAUAGAGAAGAUGUCUGAAGUCCUCUCCCACGAGGAGAAGGCCAUCAGCAACCUCAGCAAGGUGCUAGACAUGGUGGAGGAGUGUGAGAGGAGGAUGCAGCCAGGCUGUGAGAACCCCUUAACCCUGGAUGAGUGUGCAAAGAUUUUUGAGACCCUUCAGGACAAGUACUACGAGGAGUACCGCAUGUCUGACAGGGUGGACCUGGCAGUGGCCAUCGUCUAUCCCCUCAUGAAAGACUACUUCAAGAACUGGGAUCCCCUCAAGGAUUGCUCCUAUGGCACAGAGAUCAUUGCCAAGUGGAAGAGCCUGCUGGAGAACGACCAGCUCUUAUCACACGGUGGUCAGGACCUCUCCACAGAUGCUUUUCACAGGCUGAUGUGGGAAAUCUGGAUGCCUUGUGUCAGGAACAUCGUGGCACAGUGGCAGCCAAGGAACUGUGGAUCAAUGGUGGAUUUCUUGGAUAGCUGGGUGAAUGUGGUUCCUAUCUGGAUGCUGGAAAACAUCCUGGAUCAGCUUGUCUUCCCCAAGCUACAGAAGGAGGUUGAAAACUGGAAUCCUUUGACAGACACAGUCCCAAUCCAUUCGUGGAUCCACCCCUGGCUGCCCCUGAUGCAGGCACGACUGGAGCCUCUCUACUCCCCCAUCAGAAACAAGUUGGCAAAUGCCCUGCAGAAGUGGCACCCCAGUGACUCCUCUGCCAAGCUGAUCCUGCAGCCCUGGAAGGAUGUCUUCACACCAGGGUCCUGGGAGGCUUUCAUGGUCAAGAACAUUGUGCCCAAGCUAGGGAUGUGUUUGAAUGAGCUCAUCAUAAACCCUCACCAGCAGCACAUGGAUGCCUUCUACUGGGUGAUUGACUGGGAGGGGAUGAUUUCUGUCUCCAGCCUCGUUGGAUUGCUAGAGAAGCACUUCUUCCCAAAGUGGCUGCAGGUGCUCUGCUCUUGGCUUAGUAACAGCCCCAAUUACGAAGAGAUCACCAAGUGGUACCUGGGUUGGAAGUCCAUGUUCUCAGACCAAGUGCUGGCACAUCCAUCCAUCAAGGACAAGUUCAAUGAAGCUCUUGACAUCAUGAACAGGGCUGUCUCCUCCAGCGUUGGUGGCUACAUGCAGCCAGGCGCUCGCGAGAACAUCGCCUACCUGACGCACACGGAGCGCAGGAAGGACUUCCAGUACGAGGCCAUGCAGGAGCGGCGAGAGGCUGAGAACAUGGCCCAGCGUGGCAUUGGCAUGGCUGCCAGCUCUGUCCCCAUGAACUUCAAAGACCUGAUUCAGACCAAAGCAGAGGAGCACAACAUCGUCUUCAUGCCUGUGAUCGGCAAGCGGCACGAGGGGAAGCAGCUCUACACCUUCGGCCGCAUCGUCAUCUACAUCGACAGGGGGGUUGUGUUUGUGCAAGGGGAGAAGACCUGGGUGCCAACCUCUCUGCAGAGCCUCAUCGACAUGGCCAAGUGAGGGCCUUGCUCCAGGCUCUGGUGCCCAUCUGACUGCUGGUUUUAGUGUGAGUAUAAAAUAAAGCUUUGUCAAUAGCGACACUCCAGGUUUUUUUUCCCGGGAGGAGCUCUUCAGGCAGUGGUAAAUGAAUUGGCAGCUCUGGAAGUCAGUGUUGAGGGAGGAAGGAGUGAUUCCAGCACUGGCAUCAGCAAUAGUGGGGCCAGCAGGGAUUGUCCCUCUGCACUGGGCACUGGUGAAGACACAUCUUUGAGCGUUGGGUUCAGCUUUGGGCAGCUUGGUUCAAGGAUAUUGAGGGGCUGGAGUGUUGCCAGAGCAGGGCAACAAAGCUGAAAGGUCUGGAGGACAGGGCUGGUGAGGAGCAGCUAAGGGAACUGGGGGUGUUCAGCCUGGAGAAGAGGAUGCUGAAGGGAGACCUCAUUGCUGCCUACAGCUCCCUAAAAGGAGGCUGAAGCCAGGUGGGAAUUGGUCUCUACUCCCAAGGAACCAGAGACAGAACAAGAGGAAAUGGCCUCAAGUUGCUUCAACAGAGGUUUAGGUUGGACACGAGGAACAAUUUCUUCCCCAAAAGGAUUGUCAAAGGCCUGGCCCAGGCUUCCUAGGGCAGUGGUGGAGCCCCUAUCCAUGGAGGGGUUUCAAAGCCAUGGAGAUGUGGUGCUAAGGUUUAGUGGUGAGCUGGCAGUGCUGGCUUCACAGUUGGCUUGGAUGGCCUGAAAGGUCUCUUCCAACCAAAACAAUUCUAUGAAUUCCUCAAUCCAGAUCCCAAAUCCCCUUCCCCACUGACCCCAGCUUAGGACUUCCCCAGUAUCUGCCCCCAGCAUCAGUGGUGACAGUGGUGACAUCAGGGGUUGGGUUCCACAUUGGUUUGUAUCUAUUUGUAUGUUUAAUAAUUGUAUUAUUUCCAUUAAAGCUGAUUUAGUUUCUUUCCUA